AUGGAAAUACCCUAUAGAAAUAAUGCUUACGUCCAGAAGUUUAGAUCGCUGUGGCAAUAUAGGGAUGAGUUCAAAGAUUGGUUAAAAGUGAGACCAGCAAGUGGAAAGGCAAGCCAAGUAUUUUGUACAUAUUGUUUUUUGCAAAUGGAUGCCAACCUGGUUGAUAUAAGGGAACAUGCCAAGACGAUAAUGCAUAAAAAAAAAUUGGCUUCCAAAACAGGUAUAAAAGAGAUUCCUUUAAAAGUUACUGCUAAAAACCGUUCAACCAGGAUUAGUAACGCAGCUGAAGGUGCUUUGACGUUAUUUAUCGCAGAGCAUUGUUCUACUAUGAGUGUGGACAACUUGGCCGAACAUAGUAGUAUUAAAGAGAUUCCUUUCAAAGUUAUUGCUAACGAAAGUUCAAGCGGGACUUCUGAUGCAGCUGAAGAUGCUUUGACGUUAUUUAACGCAAAGAAUUACACAUACACAGAAACAAUGAGAAACAUGUUAGCCUCACACUUUCGCCAACAACUUUUGGACGAUAUUGGAAACCAAAAGUUCAGUAUUUUUUUUAAUGAAUCCACAGACUUCAGCCUCACCAAAUAUCUUGGUCUUGUAAUUAGAUAUUACAGCAAUAACCAAAAAAAAAUAGUAAACUCCUUUCUGGAACUGAUUACUGUCGAAACAGCAGAUGCAACAGGCAUUGUAGAUGGUUUAGUUGCUUGUUUAAAGAAUCACAAAUUAAAUAUUAAUCAAUUGAUUGGUAUAGGUACAGAUAACGCGUUAUUUAUGACAAGGAUCAACAACGGGGUUCGUGCUAGAUUACAACGUGACUAUGGUCUUAAACAUUUGAUAUUGAUACGCUGUGUCUGUCACUCAUUACAACUUGCUGUGACUCAUGCGUGUAAAGGUUCUAUGCCAAAAAAAACUGAGUAUUUAGUUAGAGAAAUUUAUAUGUGGUUCUCUGUUUCUCCAAAAAGAAAAUAUCAAUAUAAAAAUAUAUAUGAGAAAAUCAACUGCGGCGAAACAGCUUAUAAAAUGACAAAGUUUUGCGAUAAUUGUUGGCUGUCGAUAGAGCCAGCAGUUACAAAUAUUUUAUCGCAAUGGAAAGAGUUAAUAUGGCAUUUUAAAGUGGCAACAGUAACAGAAAAGUGUUACGCUGCUGAACGUAUAUACUAUUUACUUAAAGAUAAGAGAAAUUAUUUAUAUUUAAUAUUUUUAAGAAGCAUUUUAAAUGAUGUACAAAUAGCAGUUAAGGCAUUUGAGUGUGAAGAUUCCUACCCAUUAAAACAGGUUAUUGCUCUAAAAACAUUAAUAGUAUCACUUAGCAAGAAAAUUUUAACGCCGACAGCAUGGCAGAAAGAUAUUUCGGAACCCAUAUAUAAAUGCUAUAUGAGAACUGAUCCGUUUCUUGGUGAUAUAUUUGAAAUAGAAAUAACCAAAUAUUCAUUUGAUCCAGAGACUUUAAAGACAAUACGACAACGCUGUGUCAAUUUUUUAAUACUACUUCUUAAAGAAUUACGACAAAGGAUUCCAGAUAACUACAAACAAUUAGAAUCAAUUCACUUAUUAAGUUAUGAAGAAGCGGUGAAAUCCAAAAAAACAUAUGAAAUUAUUAAUCUUGCUGAAAUUUUAGGAUACCCUCCAGAACAAAUUCUGAAGUUAUGGACACAGUGGAAAAUUCUUUAUAUGUUCAAAUGGGGAUCUCAAGAAAUUAUGUCGUUUUGGAACGAAGUUAAAAAUUACAAUAAUAAUGUACUUGCAGACAUAAGCGAAUUUGCUAUACUAUGUCUUUCACUUCCUCUUUCAAAUGCUGAGGUAGAAAGACUUUUCUCGGAAAUGAAUUUAUUAAAAAGUAAACAAGGGGAUAGAAUGAGUUUAAUGACUCUUAAUUCUAUCCUCUGUAUAAGAGAUUCGCUUAGGAAAAACGGUCUAAUAAGCCCGUAG